CCUCCUUCAUCCCCUUUAAUUACCUACCCCUUCCAUAUCAUUUAAUGGUUUCUUUCACCACUAUCGCUCAAGGUAUUGCCUUGGUCUCUAUCUUAAUUAUGAGAUCUGAAGCCGCUCCUGCUGUUAGCGGCGUGGAUGCCAAAGUCAUCUCUGGCAAUGAAACAUUUACUGUCUCUCCUAUUGAAGGAACCGUCUCCCUUCCUGCCAUUACUUUCGAGGAACUUCCUCCCAUCAUUGCUGAUCGUGUUGUCCCAGUCACUAAUCCCGAAUUCAUCGCUGAUCUCAAUUCUGAAACGAGAAUUAUUGCUGAAAACAGACAAAUUUUCGCAGCCAACGGUGGCAAUCUCACUCGUCUGGAACGACGUGAAGUCACCAAUGUUGCUUCUACCGGAUUAACAUUCACUGUACCUGCAAAUGCUCCUCCCGCUACUUUUUUAGCCAGUAGCUCCGUUACCACAGCUACAACGGCGCAAAUCACUAAAUUCAAGCUGUUCUCUGCCAUUGCUGCCACCACCUACUGUGAUAGUGUCACAAUUUCUAAGCAAUGGACUUGUACCUACUGUAAGAAGUAUGUUCCCGAUGGUAAGAUCAUUGUUGCUUUCGAAACUGCUAAGCAUAAAAUUGGCGGUGUCUUAUUGAGAAGUGACCUUCAAAAGACUAUCUUUGUUGUCUUCCGUGGUAGCAGCAAUCUCGAUAACUGGAUCACUAACUUGGAAUUCAUCAGAGGCAGCUAUACCCCUGUUUCCGGAGCUUCCGCUCACAUUGGUUUCUAUAAUGCUUAUAAAGAAGCCUCUACCUAUUUCUUCCCUCAAUUCUUGGCUCAACAUAAGGCCUAUCCUACCUACAAGGUUGCUGUUACUGGUCACUCUCUUGGUGCUGCCCAAGCUGUGCUUGGUGCUAUGGAUAUUUACCAACGUGUCGCCACUAUUAAUAAAUCCAAUUUGAGUAUCUACACUGGUGGUUGUCCUCGUAUUGGUAACGACGAUUUUGCUUACUAUGUUGAUGCCACCAAGGUUCCCCAUUACCGUUCCGUUCAUAACAGAGAUAUUGUUCCCCAUGUUCCUCCUCAAGCUUUGGGUUAUUAUCAUCCUGGUAUCGAGGUUUGGACCAAGACUGCCACUACUGGUCAACUUUGCUCUGGUAUUGAAAAUGAUGCCUGUUCCAACUCUAUCGUUCCUUUCACAAGCACUGAGGAUCAUAGAACUUACUACGGUAUGGUCAAUGGUGCGUGCUCUUAAAAACCUUAAUUUUUACUGUGACGUGUUCUAUUGAUGUAGGACACGCGAAUUUUUUUGAAAAAAAUAAAAUAUCAGUCCUUUUCCUCUGUGGGGAAAUAAUAAC